CGGAGGAAAGCAGGGAGCCAUGGCGGGCCGUGGGACCGGAGGGGAAGUCGCCGCCGAAGCCGCGCUGGGGUCCUGCCUGGAAGCGGUGCUGGGCAGCCGGAGCAGCGCCAACCGCGUCUUCGAGAUCCUGGAGCUGCUACAGGAUGAGCAGAAGGAGAUUGUCUUGUGUGCCAUCCGGACCUGCAGCCGCCUCUUUGGGUCUUUGCUUGAACGGGGAGAGCUCUUUGUUGGGAACCUGCCUCUCGAAGAGCAAUCUCUGCAAGAGAGUUACAGUGCAGAAGACAAGUACAAAAUUUGGAUGAGGCAUCGAUACAACAGUUGUGUACAUUGCUUGGGGGAACUGAUGGGCCACGAGUCUUUCCAAGUCCAGGAAUCUGCCCUCUGCACCCUGAUGAAAUUUGUUGAAUUGGAAGCAAAGCACCCUCUGGUCAAGAACGAGUGGCGGUUUAACUUCCCACGGGAGCUUUUAAAAUUGGUUGUGGACGGCUUAAUCCCGGCGGAAGGUAAUUCAUCGCUCUUGAUUUCUCGCUUCCAAGAAUACUUGGAACACGACGACGUCCGGUUCUUUGUGAUGAAGUCAGUGGCUGAAAACGUGGGUGGCGUCAUGCAGAAGACCAAAAAGGCGCCACUUCCAGCGUACCAGAAAAACGCCUUUGCCCUCAUUUCAUCUAUUUCCGUGCCGAGCGAGGAGAGCGAGAUGCAGAACUUCCUAGUGAGAAACACUAACCAGGAAGAAUGGAAAGUCUCAAAGCUGAAGGAGCACAGACGAGCUUUUGAGAGGAUGUGGCUUGUAUUUCUCAAGUACAAGCUACCUGGCAGCCUCUACAAAAAAGUGCUGGUAAUACUUCACGACUCGAUCCUCCCUCAUAUGAACGAGCCAACCCUCAUGAUAGACUUCCUGACGGUCGCCUACGACGUAGGUGGAGCAAUCAGCCUCCUUGCCUUGAACGGGUUGUUUGUCCUGAUGCUGCAGCACAACCUGGAAUAUCCGGAUUUUUACAAGAAGCUCUACAGCCUUCUGGACCCAUCCAUCUUCCAUGUGAAAUACCGCGCCAGGUUUUUCCAUUUAUUGGAUUUAUUCCUGUCUUCCUCGCACUUGCCCGCAUACCUGGUGGCUGCCUUCACAAAGCGACUCGCUCGCCUGGCACUCACAGCACCGCCUGACGGCUUGCUGAUCGUCAUCCCCUUCAUUUGCAACCUCUUGCGGAGGCACCCAGCGUGCAAGGUCCUCAUCCACAGGCCCGAAGGCCCUGCAGAGAUGUCAGAAGAUCCCUACUUGAUGAGUGAGGAAGAGCCUUCGGAAAGCAGAGCGUUGGAGAGCUCCCUUUGGGAGAUACAGACCCUGCAGAGCCAUUACCACCCAGAAGUGUCCAAGGCUGCUACCACAAUCAACACGUCGCUGUCGGAGAUGGAGGAUGACUUAUCAGAACUCCUGGAGCUGACGGCCUAUGAGAUCUUUGAUAGGGAUAUAAAGAAAGAAGCCACAGACAUCCCAUUGGAAUUUCAACAAGCUCGAGGUCUGUUUGGCAAGAAGGAUGAUUUUGCUGAAUAUUUUACAUUGGGUGAUUAAAAAAAAUAACAACAACUUGUAGUGUUGGAAAUACUGUACAAUAAGCUUUGCUUUCGUUAUUUAA